CUCUGCUCCUCUAAACGACCUUUCGAACUCGCUGAGCAGUCACAGAGUAUUCCCACCCUUUCCAACAGCCCUGAUUAACACAUUGAUAUCGAAUUUCUCCUCCGGAAUGGCAGACACCCGGAAACAAAGCACUGCCAGCAACACUGCAAACAGCCCGACAGCUCAGGAAUCCUUUCCCACAGGGACGGCCGGCAGCCCUCCGACAGCCACCAGCCCGGCCUCGCCAACGAUACAAGAAGAGCGCCGCGACAGCGACGAGUGGGACGCGUCCAAGGUCCCGCCGAGCCGGUUCCAGAAGCGCAAGGGAUCCAUCUACGCUGUGCCCAGCUCCCGCGACGGCCACAUUGACAGCAACUACCCGGCCAAGUUUCACCAGAUGCACGCCGAGAAGGGUUAUGGCAAGAAGUGAGCUUUGGGACACAUCCUCUCAUCAUCCUCUCAUCACCGGUAUGCAUGAGAAAGUGGGCGGCUAUCAUGAGGUCUUCUUGAUUGGCUUUAGGGACGAGAUGGGGGAAACAAAUGAAAUGGCUGUUGUGGUUUGAAGUUGUGAGGCUGCUGUCGAAUUGACAGAUAGGGAACAGGUUCGGCUGGGACGUGGCAGGGGUGAUGGAGCGCUGUGCUAGUGAACGCUCUGCACUUGACCUUAUUUGCGUGCUGAUAAGUAACGGCGGGCCAUAGCAAUGGUCCAGUUUGGGAGGGAAAAGGGGGAGUCCUGCAUCCCGUAUACGGGAAUUCUUUCGAGCGAAAUGAAUACACCGCGAAAAUUGAUUGAAGUGUAAUCAGGAUUGCCAUGUCCACUUAUCCAACGGUGUGCGUGCUA